UCAAUCUUUGCUUCCAAAACAGACUGGCAGCAUGGGGGCCGAGGUAGGGUGUGAGCGGCACACCACACACUAUUUUCUACCCUCUCCGGUUUUGAGACUGGAAGGGGUUUCUUUCCAUCGCCCUUCUGCUGUCACACCUCUCCACCGCGUCUUAGAGGAGGAUGCAAACGGUCCACAAGCAAAUGCCGUUUAAUUCGAGCAAAUUUUUCUUUGCCGGUGCCGUUUGCGGCAAUGCCUGAAAAGAACUGAUCACAGCGCGGGAUUAUGUUGGCUGCAACGGUCACAGUGGCACUGAUCUACCUCACGGUGCAAGACGCUGGAGUGUUGGCCCUGGGGACGGCAUGUUGGGACGAGCGGUUGACACGAGCGGGGAGGAACAGCAGCUGUGUUGUUUCACAGCCCUUCCUGAUAUUCGGCCAUGGGAAAGCAAUACAUAGGAUGGACCUGGACGGGAAAAACCACAGAAGGCUCCUUUCCAAGGUGGCCACCACUAUCCUGCUCGAUUUCCAUUUCAGAGAAGAGACACUCUACUGGGCGGACAAACAUUCGGGAAUCAUCUACAAGUCAUCCUUGAGAGGCGUGCACAGACAGAAACUGUACUCGUCCGACAAACACAUCUCAGGCCUCGCCGUGGACUGGAUUCGGAACGUCGUAUACUGGACAAGCGGGGGAAAGGGCAAAGUCAAGAGAAUGGAUUCCAAUGGGAAGAAUGAGAGGACUCUUGUGAGACACUUGAUUCAGCCCAGUUCUAUAGUGAUUGACCCCGCGAAAAGGUUUCUGUUUUGGCUAUCUGGUGGGACGACUCCAAGCAUCCAGCGGUCUGAUGUGACAGGACAGGCAACAACAACACUCAUCAAGCGAACCCAGCAGUUGGAGGCGCUGUCAAUUGACCACAGAGACAAAAGACUGUUCUGGGUUCAGUUUGGGCUGCGGGGAGAAAGCGCCAUCGCCUCCUCGGACUACAGCGGCAAAGCUCUGCACAUCGUGGAUCAGCCCCUUCAGUCUGAUUUGCUGGGAAUAUCUGUCUUCCACGAGCACAUAUAUUACUCUGAUGCCGCAUCCCCAGCAAUAAAGAGAGUCAACAAGUACGCAGGCGGCCAGCCGGUGGAUGUCAAUAUCAAACAAAUGGCAAAGAUCCCAGUUGAUAUCAAAGUGGUGCAUGCCGACAACCAGCCAGUGGCGGACUCGCCAUCACCGCUUCCAGGAUGCGACGAAAGGAGCGGCAACUGCGUUAAUGUGUGCUCCAGCCGCACGGAGCAGGGAAUUUGUACGUGCAGUGAAGGUUUUGUACUCGGCACGCAAGGCUCUUAUUGUGAAGAUGUGAACGAGUGUGCCCACUGGAACCACGGCUGCUCUCUCGGCUGUGAGAACAUUCCAGGUUCUUAUUUCUGUACCUGCCCCAAAGGAUACGCCCUCCUCCCGGACAAAAGGACAUGCAGAGAGAUCACAGCCUGUGAAGGCGGCGCCACAGAGUGUGGUCACGGUUGCCUGGCAACAGACGAGGGUCCUGCGUGCGUUUGCCCGAAAGGGUCUGUAUUGCAGGAGGACGGGCAGACCUGUACAGGCUGCACGUCUGCAGACAGAGGGGGCUGCAGUCAGCUGUGCACACCAGUAGCAGCCACUAGGUGGCAGUGUGCGUGCCUGCCAGGCUACCAGCUCCAUCAAGACAACAAGCAGUGCAUUGCCUCAGGACCACCACCGUAUCUGCUCGUCGCCAGUCUGGUGGGCGUGUACCGGUUAAAUACCGACGGCACUGAGGGUCAUGUCAUUGCCGAGGAGCCCAGAGGAGCGAUCGUAUCUUUGGACUAUGACCCCGUGCACAACAAUGUAUACUUUGCCAGCACUUCCCAGAAGACAAUUGAACGGAUCGAUAUGAACGGUGGGUCGAGAAGAAGUCUCGUCUCUGAAGGUCUGGGCCUGAACAACAGACUGGCUUUGGACUGGAUCAAUCGCAAACUGUACUGGACUGUGACAAGGUCUACCAGCCAGUCAUCAGUGGUCAGCAGUACCUUGGAUGGACUCAACAGAACAACUCUUCUGAGUGAUGGACUUGACCAACCCACAUCGAUCGCAGUCCAUCCUCUGGAAAAGAAGUUGUUCUGGACGGAUAUUGGACUACACCCGAAGGUGGAAUCGUCUAAUCUCGACGGGACGGAUCGCGCGGUGAUCGCAAGCACCGACCUUGUGUCGCCCGGAGGUCUGACGGUCGACUUCACGGAGGACCGCCUGUUCUGGUGCGACGGGACAAGGGUGGAGACGUCCGCGCUGGAUGGUUCUGACCGACGGAUCCUGUUAGAGAACCAAGUAGGCCGGCCCUUCGACUUGGCCGUGUUUGAGGACAGGUUGUGGGUGGUGGACAGGGAGCACCAGCAGCUAACGAGCGUGCACAAGAGGACCGGGAGGGAGCUGCGACAUCUCCAUGGUAACCUGCUCCAACCCGCGUCCGUGACGGUGGUGCAUCCGCUUGCCAAACCAGGUGCAGAUGUUUGCCUGCACCAAAAUGGAGGCUGCGCCCAGCUGUGUGAAAGCAGGCUGGGAUUCGUCCACUGCUCCUGUCCGUCACAUUUCACGCUGGCAGCUGAUAGGAAAAGUUGCUCGCCGAAAGCAGCUGAACAUGCAAACGACGAGCUGGCUAAUCCAACAACGCUACCGAACAACACCACACUCAACGAUGAGAGCACACCUCACACUUAUGCGGAUGUGGAGCCGCGGUCGUUCACAGACAACAUGGUCUCAGACACGGACGAGUGUGAACUGGGGACCCACAACUGUGACAAAAACGCAGAGUGCCUCAACACAGGGGGAGAUUUCCUCUGCAAGUGCCAGGCUGGAUACCAUGGCAACGGGCAGACAUGUCAAGCGCUACAUAUCACCGCGACAUCAGUUAUGACGAGUCGCCCUGCGGAUGUCAAACGACAAAAUAGUGACUCUGUGGAGAGUUGCCCCCCCACGCACGAAUCUUACUGCCUUUACCAGGGAGUCUGUAUCUACUUUCCGGAGAUGGAGUCCUACGCCUGCAACUGCGUGUCGGGCUACAUGGGCGAGCGCUGCCAGUUCAGCGACCUGGAGUGGUGGGAGCUCCAGCAGGCCGAGGAGGAGAAGAGGAGGAACGUGGUCAUCGCAGCCUGCAUGGUGGUCCUCGUUUGUCUGCUGUCCGCCGCCGCUUGCCUCACCUACUGCUACAGACCUCGAGUAUUUUUUGGCAAACGAUCCUCGGUGGAUAACGCGAGUGAAAGCAGUGUGACCGAUGAGGAUGUGUCAGACAGGGUCAAAGACAUUGUGCCUCAGGUCUACACAGGGGUAGACCACCACCCGAAAGAAAGCGUUCUCCCUGCAGUGGGUUGUCCCAGGAGGGCGGUAUGUCCAUCCUGCUCUUCAGAGACAGGGGACAACCAACCUGAAGAGACGGGAACAUGGUCUAACAGCAACCAAGGGUACGAGUGUUCAAUGAUGGCGUCCGUUGCCAUGGAGACCGAUCAGACUCCACUCCAUCAGUCAAGUCAGACGGCCAACACGACUGUCCCACAUACUUCCGGUCCAGAGCCAACCGCUUCCUGUUCAGUUUAAGACUUGCAUUUUCAUAUUGGAACACUAGAGGUCGACAACCUCCAAGAGUUGUUCAGAAUAUUACUUUUGCUAACCUUUAAUGAGCCAUAGCACAUAUUUUACAUGAGACAA